GUCAAGUAUUUCUUUGACUUCCUGGAUGAACAAGCACUAAAACAUGACAACGUUGAUGAUGAGACCAUCCACAUUUGGAAGACCAACAGUCUGCCUCUCCGGUUCUGGGUGAACAUUUUGAAAAACCCUCACUUCAUCUUUGACGUACAUGUGACUGAAGUGGUGGACGCCUCUCUGUCCGUCAUCGCCCAGACCUUCAUGGACGCCUGCACCAAGUCUGAGCACAAACUUACCCGGGAGUCUCCCAGCAACAAACUGCUUUAUGCAAAGGAAAUCUCCACUUACAAGAAGAUGGUUGAUGAUUAUUAUAAAGGCAUCCGUCAGAUGGUUCCAGUCAGUGACCAAGACAUGAACACACACCUUGCAGAAGUUUCACGUUCUCAUACAGAUAAGUUGAAUACCCAGGUUGCACUGCACCAGCUUUACCAGUAUGCCAGCAAGUACUAUGAUGGGAUCAUCUCAUCGCUGGAGGACGAUCCUGCCGCCCAGAGCAAACAGCUGACCCUCAGACUGCAGCAGAUCGCCGCCGCAUUGGAGAAUAAAGUGACUGACCUUUAGUGCCGAGGAGCCCAGACUCAAGAAAGGAGAUGGAAGUGCUUCUAAAUCCAAGACAGAGCUCAAUUUAAUGGGCUCAAAAAUAAGAACAGGCCUUCUGGAGGACCAUGUUUUUUGGAGCCUCUGCUCCAUCAAGUAAAAGAUGAAGCAAGGAGGAACACAGACUAAUUGCAGACCCUUCCUCUCCACACGGCUUUCAGCUCUGCUCAGAGGGACCAAUAUAAUAUACUCUGACCUGAGGGGAACAACACAACCGUUGAGGAGAGCGAAAACUCACUAUGGUACUUCUCAGAUCUGCACCUGCACAAUGAAAACCCAGCAUUUAUUUUUGUGUUCUGCUAUGCCAAUAAUCAGAUGUUCAGUAUAUUCUUCCUGUGUAGAUUAAUUAAAAUAGUAUUAUAUGUAAAUAUAUUUUUACACUCGAGGCUGCAAGAGGCUUUAGACAAAAGAGAUGGAUUAUUGUUUCUGUGGAAGGCCAUUGUUUUUUGUGUGUGUAUUUUAAGUGCCACUCUCAUUCCUGUGCAGUGCUGAUGUCACAUCCUGUGGGUUCUUUGAAUGCCGUUGGCUCACAGUUCAGUUUGUGGUAUCACUAUCGGUUUGUACAGGUGUUUGUGAUGCUGAUGUCCGAGCCAGGGCUUCUUUUGUCCCUCCCGAUUUUUUUUUUUAGCUUAUUUAUCAAUGAUUGCGUAUAGUAAUGUCAUCAAGUCCAAUUCUAAUUUAGCCACAGUACAAAAGAACAGACUAUGAUUUCUGAGCAGUUGUCCACGUCUCAGAAACACAGCGAAAGAGCAUUUGAUUCAUGACACACAGACACUCAGAACAAAGGCCACGGAAGCUUUUAUCUCCCUUUGCUUUGGUGCCUGAUCCAGCAGUUGAGUUUUUAUGUUUUGUACCAUCUUUGCUUUUAUGUAUGUGCACUUUGACACAUGGCUUGCCUUAUUUUAUGACAAAGUUAUGAUUUUGUAUUUUAAAUUAACAAUAUUUGAUUUGAUCAAGGAAGUUUGUAUUGCUGGUUGCCUUUCUUAAGAAAUAAGUUACAUGAAUGGUAGAGAAUUUUCUUGAAUGUUAUAAUGAAAUAAGAACACGAUUUUGCCUUAACAGCAAUAGUUUGGACUGAGAGCGACUCAUUUGCCUAUUAAAUCAUGAUAUCCUAGAAUUUUAAUUUUGUUUAUUGGUACUAUUUUUUUUUUUACUUUUUUUUUUUUUUAUUUUAAAUGUUAUAUUUUUAUUUAGAGCUCACCAAAGUUUAAAUAAAUAUUUUGAAGCUGUCCACAACCACCUAAAGCUUCUGUUGUUUUAUAUGUAUCAAAUGAAUAAGUCUAAAGUUUAAUUUAAUUACUGAAAAAGCUAUAAUGGUAAGGCAGCUGAUGGUAAGUCGUCUAAUGUAAAUGGUACAGUUUUCCUACCUGUAUGUUCUGACUCAAAUGUGCCAAACACUUCACACUCUUAAUGACAGAAGGGUACUGAGGACAAUAUUGUUUCUUCAUGAACUUCACUAGUGUGACUUGUGUUGCCUUUGGUAGGUGGUGACAAAGUCACACUGCAGCCAAUUAGAGGCUGGCACCGCCCAUUCUGAGCAUGAUGGACAGCAGGAAAUGCCUUUGAACUGUAAAUAUAGACCAACUGCCAAGAUUUCAUAUUCUUCUCUACUUUUUCUCGCUCUUCCUGCCAGUUCUUCUGUGUUGUCUAGCUAUGAACUUGUCAGUGGCUUAUUGUAAAACUUCUUGUUUGCCUUUCCUUACCAGGUAGUGCCUUAAAAAUAUGAGUAAUAAUGAUCAAUUGUGUGGUGAUUGUAUCUGCAUUAAAAUUGCAAUAGGGUCCUUA